AUCUUGGUUUCAGGUAACGUAGCCUCAUCUAAAAGGGUUUUCUUUCUCAAAUAUUAGAAGGGUUUUAUAUGUUAUAUUGGCUGAAUCCAUAUGGAGUUUUAUGAGUCUCAAAGUUCACUGUGAUAUUUCAUGAAUUCAAGAACUUUUUUUUACUGGAAGUACUUUUUUUUUUCGGUUAAGUAACGAGGAAGUAGCUUUAUGGUACAAUGGGUUCAAUUGUUUUCUCCAGUCGGGUUAAAUGCUCCCAAAGUUGGCUCUUUUUUUAUCUACGUUGAAUGGGAGUUGAAUGAAUAUAUCUUUAAGUCAUUUGCUUAUUGUUCUUUCUGAGUUUUUUAGCUAUGAGUGAAGUAUUAAUGAAUUCAGGUUCUUUUAUGAUGAUUUCAAACGGGUUUGCUUGCUUGGGUAGCUUUAAUGGUAGGCCUAGUUCUUUUGAUUAUAGAAUUUGUAGCAGAAAUUAUGGCUUUUACAUAUUUCAAUCUUCAGCUGUAAAGUCAAAAAAGGGGCAUGUUUUGUUUGGUUGUACGCAAGUUAAGAGUCCACGAACCAGUUCGAUUAUUGUAUCAAACAUGGUUGAAAGUAUGGAACCUGAGUUGGACUGUAAGAAUGAGGAAGAUGACCAAUUGAUUGAAAAAAGAAAGGAAAAUUUUGAUUUGGUUUCUUUCGGACAGAAUUUGCCUCCUUGGGGAAAUGUUGAGGUUCAGCAAGGUUCAGAUUUGGAAUGUAAAAGUUGUGGACAAACAGUCCCACGAAAAGUGGUCAUCGAACGCAAAAUUAGAUCGUAUAUGUUGGAGGAAAGAAAUGAAGAGGUGCUAUCAAGAAGGGUUUUGAUGCUUAGUAGGUCCAACAAGGUGAGAAGUGCCCUGGAGCUGUAUGAGUCCAUGAAAUUCUCAGGUUUAUGGCCCAAUGUACAUGCCUGUAAUUCUCUUCUUUCAUGCCUCCUGAGGAAUGGACUGCUUGACAAUGCCUUGAGAGUCUUUGAAUUCAUGAGAAUGAAUGAGAUUACUACAGGUCAUAGUUAUAGCUUAAUACUUAAAGCAAUUGCUGAUGCACUGGGUUCUGAUUUUGCCCUUAACAUGUUUGUAGAAUUUGGAGGAUAUUCUAGACAGAGGAAGGAUUUUGAUGUAAUUGUUUAUAAUACGAUGAUAUCAAUAUGUGGUAGAGUGAAUAAUUGGAUUGAGACAGAGAAGUUAUGGAGGAGCAUGAAGGAAAAUGAUCUUAUUGGAACACGAAUUACUUAUUCUCUAUUAGUUUGCAUUUUUGUUCGUUGUAGUCAGAAUGAGCUGGCUCUUGAUGCUUACAAUGAGAUGAUCCAAAGUGGAUUCACACCAGGGGAUGAUGUAAUGCAGGCUGUAAUUGGCUCAUGCACAAAGGAGGGGAAGUGGGAUUUGGCGUUAAAUCAAUUUCGAGAUAUGUUGAAUGGCGGACUGAAGCCAAAUCUAAUUACUUGCAAUGCACUGAUAAACUCACUUGCAAAAGCUGGAGAGGUAAAGCUGGCAUUUAAGGUCCACGGUAUGAUGAAACUCUUGGGUCAUUCACCUGAUGUGUAUACAUGGAAUGCACUGCUUAGUGCUUUGUACAAGGCAAAUCAACAUGCUGAUGCUCUUCAGCUUUUUGAGAGCAUGAAAAGAGAACAGAGCUGUGAAUUGAAUGAACAUUUAUAUAAUACUGCUUUAAUGUCAUGCCAGAAGUCGAGUUUAUGGGAAAAGGCUCUACAACUUUUAUGGCAGAUGGAGGCUUCUGGACAAUCAGUUUCUACUUCAUCCUAUAAUCUUGUAAUUGGAGCUUGUGAGAGUGCAAGGAAACCAAAGGUAGCAUUGCAAGUUUACGAGCACAUGAUUCACCAAAAGUGCACUCCAGACAUAUUUACAUACUUGUCGUUGAUAAGAAGUUGUGUUUGGGGAUCUCUUUGGACUGAAGUGGAGCAAAUUCUAGCUCAGGUUAACCCAGAUGCCUCUCUCUACAAUGCUGUUAUUCAGGGUAUGUGCUUGCGUCGCAAGUUUGACUCAGCAAAGAAGAUGUACACGAGAAUGCGCGAGAGUGGCCUUAAACCUGAUGGUAAAACACGAGCAUUGAUGCUUCAAAACUUAUGGAAACACCAAACUUAGCACAAGUAAUCCAUACCAAUGGUUCUCGUUUCUGUGCUAACAUCAGCAGAAGAGCAACCCAGGGAAAGAGACCUUACAGAAAAUGCAUGUGUAUGCUGAAGUGCACGGACGGUGGAAUUACAGAGUUCAACUGAUCCAAAGUCAACACGGUUGUUUACCAUAUUUCUGUAAAUUAACAUGUUUAUGUAUGCUUCUGUACUGUAAAUAAACACGAUAUAGAUUUCCUAUUUCAAAUGUUAAUGUC